AUGGACGCAACUCAAGCGAGGGGAACGACUGUACUUCCAAUUGCUCGCGUAAAACGCAUAAUAAAAUUAGACGAAGAAAUAACAACAAUUGGCACAGAUUCAACAUUUCUAAUAGCAAUUGCAGCGGAACUUUUUGUAGACUAUUUUGUAAAAAAAGGUGUGGAUCAAGCAAAGUCCGAAAAGAGAAAGGUCAUCCGGUACGAAGAUAUGGCCUACUUGGUUAAAAAUAAUGAAAAUUUGGGAUUUUUACAAGACAUUGUGCCAGAAACUCAAGCUUUCGAAGAUUACCUUAAAAACCGUAAUCGAAAAAAAAGGAAACGAAAAACAAAAGACGAAAAUGAUAAUUCUAGUGAUUUAGAAGAUAGUCCAUUAAAUGUGGGAGAAGUUAGUGAAACAGACACUAUAAAUGAGAAUGAUAGUGAUGUCAGUGAAGAUAAUGAUGAGAAUGAUAGCGAGGAAGAGACAGAUAAUGAAUCUGAAGUUGAAAAUGGAUUAAUUGAAAAUAGCGAGGUUGAAAGUUCAAUUAAUGGGAGAGAUACAUUUAUCAAUAAUCAAAAACGUAACGGAAAGAACGUUGUUAAUGUUAUCAUUAAUAAUGGUGUUUCGUCUGGUAGUGAACUUAGCGAUGCUCCCGAAACUUCAAGUGAAAAUUCGACUGUAUUAAAUGAUGAAAAUUAG